AUGAUUUUUUUAAUAUUGAUUAUCAUUAACGUCUAUAGAAUUAUUCAAUUAUCUCUUCGUUACUGUAACAUUACUGAUACAGGUGCUGAACGUUUUGCUUAUGCACUUGGUAACAUGUUAAAACAAAAUUGGAAAUUAUUAACACUUAAUCUAAGUAGAAAUCGAAUUGGUGAUUAUGGUGCUAAAUCUUUUGCAACAGCAUUACAUUAG